AUGAGAACGUUUGACGAGCACUUUCCACCAGAUGAACGUAGUUUUGACACCAUCGACGAAGACGAAGCGAUCAGUUUUUUGGAAUCAACUGUCAUUCUUGGAGGAAAGCCGAUGUUCAAUUACAUUCAGGAGAAUGCACUAAUGUCGUACAUUGUUAAAUGUGAAAAAAUGAAUUAUAGUCUGCCGAUAAAUGAUAUAAGUACCUUAUCUGACGAAUAUGGGAAGAAAUUGGGCAUCGAAAUGUCGAAAAAGUGGACUGAAAAGGGCCAAGCUACCAGGGAUUGGUACUACGCAUUCAUGGGACGUCAUAGAAAUAUAUCGUUACGAAAGCCACAAUCGACUAGCAUUCAGCGCUUGAAAGGAUUUUGUAAAGAAUCGGUGGACGAAUUUUUCACUAAUUUGAAAGCUGUUUUGGAGGAAACACCAUUUGCAGAACAUCGAAUUUGGAAUAUUGACGAAAGUGGCUUUACCACUGUGCCAACUCAGCCAGUAGAAGUGGUGGCACCAAAAGGAGCCAGACUUGGCUCUUUUGCUUCGGCUGAGCGUGGAACGAAUGUAACCGUGGUCGUCAGUAUAACUGGUGCUGGAAAUACCGUUCCACCGUUCUUCUUGUUUCCUCGGAAAAACAUGAAAUCCAUUUUCAUAGAGAAUUCACCGCCGGGAUCAAUUGAAUUUGCGAAUGAAUGCAGUUGGAAGACAGUAGCGGACUUUCUCGUCUUCCUGCAGCAAUUCAUCAAGUUUACCUCUGCCUCGAAAGACAAUCCGCUCCUUUUGAUCAUGGACAACCACGUAUCUCAUGUUUCGAUCGAGGCCAUAGAUUUGUGUGUUGAUAAUGGCAUUACAGUGUUGACGCUGCCACCUCAUUGUAGUCACCGUAUGCAGCCGUUGGAUGUUUCCGUUUUUGGUCCCGUCAAAAAAACAUACGCAGUGAAAGUCCAUGAGUGGGGUCUUAGUAACGCCGGGCGAAAAUUCGAGAUUCACCAUGUAGCUGGUGCGGUUGACAAGGCCUUGACUCAAAGCUGCACUGCCUUCAACAUCCGAAGUGGCUUCGCAGCAACAGGAAUCUUUCCUUUAAAUUCCAACAUAUUUGGAAAUGACGAUUUUCUUGCAGCACAAAUUGGUGGUGAGAAUCUAAUAACUGAAGAACACAUCGACGAUGUGCGAGAUUUGACCAUUGCUCAAACUGAAGAGGUGUCAACAACAGCCUCUGCAGUUACCAGUACCUCAGCUGCAGCAAUACCUGCAGCCUCCACGUCACCUGCGUCCACAUCCCAAUCACUUGCGACAGCAUUAGUUAGUGUUGGUCCAGUUCAUCUUGUUGCUCCCACACCAAAAUCAAAUCGGGGCAGAAAAUCUUUGAAAAGCAGCGUUUUGACGUCGCUAGAUAAUGUUUCUGAUUUACGAAAAAAAGCCGACGACCGGACUAAGAAAGCUGUAAAACGGGCUAAGAAAGAUGAAGAACGGUCCAAGAAAACUGACGACAUAGUCAAGAAAGCCAAAAAGCUAAAACUAUCGCGAAAGAAGAUGAAGGCAAAUGCUCAGCCAUCUAAAAAACGGGUUCGCAAAUCAACAUCAUCGGAUGAAGAAGUUGAAGAAAUAUGCCUUGAAUGUAAACAAGUAUUGCCAAAAAAAUUGAAUCACAAUAAUUCAAUUUAUUGCGAUACUUGCGACAUUCCAUAUCAUUUAAAAUGUGUCAAUAUGCAAGGUCGUAACUACUUUACGUGCAAUAACUGCGAUUCACAUGAUGAAUAA